UAAGUCGGUAUCGAAUUUGUUCCUUGACUUGUCGUGCGAAUUUAAUGUAGUUAUGUAAAGUUGAUAAAGCACGCGUAUUAACUAACAAAUAAAUACGAAAUGUGGUCCUUUCACCUAGUGACUGCUAUUUUGGCAGUUUCCUUGGUAUCUGCUAAGGAGUUGCGAAACUUGGGAACAGAGGAGAGAGAAAUACCAGAAGGAUUAAAGUUGGGUGUGGCUACAGCAUCAUUCCAAAUUGAAGGCGGUUGGGAUGCUGCGGACAAAUCUCCAAGCAUUUGGGACGUUCACUCCCAUAUCCCAGGAAAAAUAGAAGAUGGUACAGAUGGAAACGACACGUGCAAAUCGUACGAGUACUAUCAACGAGACAUUAAUAUGUUAAAGUUCUUGGGGGUUGACUUCUACAGAUUUUCCAUUUCAUGGCCAAGAGUCUUGCCACACGGAUAUGCCAAUAAAAUUAGCAAAGAAGGAAUUGGUUAUUACAGUGACUUAGUUGAUGGAUUGCUGGCCAAUGGGAUCCAGCCAAUUGUGACCAUGUUCCACUGGGAUUUGCCACAAGUUUUGCAAGAUUUGGGAGGAUGGGCCAACCCCGAGAUCGCGGUAUGGUUCGAAGACUAUGCUCGAGUUUUAUACGAAGCGUUGGGUGACCGAGUCAAAAUUUGGAUAACUAUGAACGAACCAAAGCAAUUCCUUAUAUUUGGAUAUGGAACUACGAGAUUUGCCCCGGACAUCAUUUCAGCUGGAACUGGUGAUUAUUUGGCAGUCAAGAACAUGCUGAUAGCUCAUGCAAGAGCUUGGCACUUGUACGAUAAGGAAUUUAGGGAAACUCAGAAAGGUAUUUGCGGCAUAACAAUUGCUACAGACUUCCGUGAAGGAGCAACUAACUCUCCAGAUGACAUUGAACUCGGUAAUCUGGUUAUGGACUUUGAGGUUGGAUUCUACAGUCACCCUAUAUUUUCAAAGACUGGUGGUUUCCCAGAGAGAAUGAUUAAGCGUAUCGCUGAAAAGAGUGCUGAGCAAGGAUUCCCAAGGAGCAGACUGCCGGAGCUGUCGCAAGAUGAAAUCAAUUUUAUCAGAGGAACGAGUGAUUUCUACGGCUUUAACCACUAUUCGACAAGAUUCUACACGACUAAAGGCUACGAACGGGGAAUGUAUCCAAUUCCAUCCUAUGAUGAUGAUAUUGGAGCAGUCAGUGACUACGGCAUUUACAAAGAGGCACCUAUCCGUCAUACUACUAAAAUACCCAACGGCAUGCGAAAAGCCCUUAACUGGGUGAAAGACAACUACGACAACCCAGAAGUAUUUAUAACGGAGAAUGGAUACGGAACGCUUGGCGGGAAAAAUGACGUGGACCGAAUUGAUUAUUACAAAGACUACAUAAAUUCAGUUUUGGAUGCUAUUGAAGUGGAUGGGUGUAAUAUAACUUACUAUACCGCUUGGAGUCUUAUGGACAACUUUGAGUGGGAUUCUGGACUCAGUGCAAAGUUUGGAUUGUUUGAAGUGGAUUUCGACGAUGAAAUGAGGACCCGCAGACCACGGCAUUCAGCCAUUUGGUACAGGAACUUGAUCGCUACGAGAAAACUUGCAUUUACCGACGAAACCCAUGUCGAAGAAAUCUGGUUUUAAUGAAAUCUAUUUAUUGACAACGGAAUAAAGUUUUAUAAUUUUUAAUUUGCUAUUUAG